UGUGGAACAGCCUGCCGGAGCACCUCAGGGCUGCAGAGAAAGUUCAUGUUUUUUUUAAGAAUAGGCUCAAGACCCACACUUUCAAUGCCGCUCAUCGGACCACGAGUCCCUGCGACGCCAGUCGUGGCCUGUAGGCGGAGCCAGCGAGGGCGUUCGGUGUAAAAACAACAUCUCCCCUUCAUUCUUGAGUGCCACCGCACCGCUGCUGGAGCAUGUUACUUGGGACCGAGCACGGAGCGCUUUCGCCGCCAUGUAGUCCAGCGUUAACGCAGCGCGAAUAGACCGUCGAGUGGGGGCUUUGGUGCGGGGGGGGUGGGGUGGGGUGGGGUGGGGGGGGGGGUGGCGGGCGGAGGGACGAGGAGUCGCCGUCGUCGAGCCAUGGCCGCGCGGGAGGAAGGAGAGGCGGCGCACGGUAAAGCGAGGCAGCAGCAGGACGGAGGCAGCAGCUCGGACGCCUUGAGGAACGGCUACGUGAAGAGCUGCGUCACCCCCCUCAAGCAGGACCCCCGCGGGGUUUUGUCGUUCCAGCAAGACCUCCUCGGCUCCAGGGUCUUCAGGCUUUCCGCCGUGUACGUCAGCGCCGUUGUCAUUUUGGCGCUUUCGGUGCUCCUGUCCCGGAGCUCGCGGUGGGAUUUACGGACUCUGGUGUCGGGCAUCUCGCAGUCCGCCAGUCCGCUCUUCAGCAUCGGCUGCGCCUUCUUCUUCCUGACCUUGUACCUGAGGAGGAGGAAGAAGCAGAAGCAGAAGGAGGAGAAGGAGAAGGAGAAGGAGAAGGAGGAGGUGGAGGAGGGCAGCCACUGGUGGCUCCUGUCGCUGCCGGCGUCGUGCUACCUCGGGGACUUCGCGGUGCUCGGGUUCUCGCAAUGGGGAGAGGAGCAGCAGCAGAUGCAAAUGGCGGGCAGGUUGCUGUUCGUGUUGGGGUGCGUGGGGCUCCUCACGCUCGUCCCCACGCUCAAGCUCAAGCACAGCGUGCUCGUCCUGCUCUUCGCCAGCCUGGUGUGGCUGCUCUCCUUCACCGGCUUGGGCGGGCUGUCCCCGCUCCUCAGGCCGCUGCUCGCCUGCGUCGCCGGGCUCUGCGGCUCCUCGCUGGGGCUCGGCUUCGCCCGGCGCUACCCGCCCGGGGGCGCUCCGAGCGGGGGCCCCGGCGCGGAGGACAGGGUGCCGGUCAUCAGAGCCAGGAGACGCUCCAGCUGCGUGUCCCUGGGGGAAACGUCGAGCAGUUAUUACGGCAGCUGUAAAAUGCCCCGCAGACCGUCUUUACCCUGCAUAUCCCGAGAGCAGAUGAUCCUGUGGGACUGGGAUCUUAAACACUGGUACAAACCACAGUAUCAGGGCGCGACGAGCGGCAAUGGCGUGGACCUGUCAGUCAUCAACGAGGCCAGGAACCUUGUGUCAGAGGUGUUGAUGGACUCGUCCUUGUCGCCCCACGCCAUCUCAACCCUGCACAGCGUCUCCAGCCUCAUGGGGACCUUCUCAGGGUCGUGUCGCCCCCGGGUCAACCCUUUCACCCCUUUCCCCGGCUUCUACCCCUGUGACGGGGUGGAUGACUCCGUAGAGAGGAGUGAACGCAAAACCAUUAAGGGUUUGAGCAGCAGAAACAGCCUCCCUACUCCUCAGCCCAGGCGGAGUUCGACCUCCUCCUCUGUGCUGCUCCCUCACGACUCACUUUCGUCACGGUGGGAACGUAACACCGGCAAGAGAUCCCACCCAGAUCUUAACACGAUUAGCUCAGGUCUGUCCAAUGGGCCAAAUGCAAAUCUGCUCACCAUUCCCAAGCAGAGGUCUUCUUCUGUCACCCUCACCUACCACGCAGGGUCCAGGAGAACAGGGACCUCACCAAGUCUGAGUCCCGUCACCUCUCCCAGCCACAGUCCUUCGUAUGUAGCCACAGGUUCUUCAUCGUCCCUGGUCACUCGGUCGCCUGUGGAGUUCCCAGACACAGCGGACUUCCUGACAAAGCCAAGUGUCAACCUGAACCUGCACAAGCCUUUGGGCUACACGCUCAGCUCGUGUGACUUCCAGCAGGCAUUCCGCAGCUCCGCUUUACCUCUUUGCACCAGCUGCGGGCGUCAGAUGCCAAAGGGGGUUUCCAGCAGCGAUUUGGGGGAUCUUCAUCAGCCACUCCUCAGCGAGGCCCAACGCAGGCGCUCAGCGGGUGAAGGGCCAGAGUUCCAAGGCGAGCCUUUAAUCAGGGAGGAGAGCGUGGAAGUGGACUUGCCUGGAGAGUCUGAUAGCGCAGGGAAGCAGGGCCACACUGAGGAGGAGCAGAGCCCCAGCACAGAGAAGCAAACUCAGGAAUCGGGGAGUGAUCAGGAGUCCCGACUCGACCCGAUGCUGGAAGACCAUGAGGCCCUCAUGGAGAGGAUGAAUACCUGGAAUUUCCAGAUUUUUGACCUGGUGGACAAAACAGGAGGAAAGACGGGAAGAAUACUCAGCUACGUGACUUACACCCUUUUCCAGGAUACGUGUCUGUUUGAAAUUUUCAAGAUCCCUGUGAGGGAGUUCAUGACAUACUUCUACGCUCUGGAAAAUGGCUACAGGGACAUUCCCUAUCAUAACCGGGUCCAUGCUACUGACGUGCUCCAUGCUGUCUGGUACCUGACCACUCGACCAAUCCCUGGGUUCCAGCAGAUCCACAGUGAGCAUGUGACCGGAAGUGACACAGACUCAGACAGUGGGAUCUCUCCUGGCAGGAUAUCGUACGCCUCGUCCAAGACCUCCUCUAUAUCAGAUGACAGCUAUGGCUGCCUGGCUUGGAACAUCCCAGCUCUGGAGCUCAUGGCCUUAUAUGUAGCAGCUGCAAUGCACGACUAUGACCACCCUGGUCGCACUAAUGCCUUUUUAGUUGCCACUAACGCGCCUCAGGCGGUGCUGUACAACGACCGCUCUGUGCUUGAGAACCACCACGCGGCGUCUGCCUGGAACCUUUACCUAUCCCGGCCUGAGUUUAACUUCCUGGUCAACCUAGAUCACGUGGAGUUCAAGCGCUUUCGCUUCCUGGUCAUUGAAGCCAUUCUCGCCACAGACCUCAAGAAGCACUUUGACUUCCUGGCCGAGUUCAAUUCCAAGGUCAAUGAUGUGAGCAGUCCAGGAAUUGACUGGACCAAUGAGAAUGACAGACUGCUGGUGUGCCAAGUGUGUAUCAAGCUGGCAGACAUCAACGGACCAGCCAAAGUCCGCGACCUGCAUCUGAAAUGGACCGAAGGCAUUGUCAAUGAGUUUUAUGAGCAGGGAGAUGAGGAAGCGGGCCUGGGCUUACCCAUCAGCCCCUUCAUGGACCGUUCCGCCCCUCAGCUGGCGAAGCUGCAGGAGUCCUUCAUCACACAUAUAGUCGGCCCGCUUUGUAACUCGUACGAUGCCGCGGGUUUACUUCCCGGCCAGUGGGUCAGUGGAGAUGGAUCGGAUGAAGACGACGAGGGCCGAGCGGACUCGGACACUGAGGACGACGACGAAGAGGAGGAAGAGGAGGAUGCGGAUGAGCUUGAAGAUGAUCUGCGGCCGAAAAGGAGGAAAAGCCACCGGCAGUUAUUCUGCAGCAUCAUGCAGCACCUAACCGAGAACCACAAAGUGUGGAAGAAGGUCAUCGAGGAAGAGGAGAAGAGCAAAGACGUCGGCAAGCAGCAGCAGUCUGACGGCCUGCCGGCCAGCGUGCCCGCGUCGGCUUCGGAUGACAUCCAGGUCAUCCAGGAGGAGGAGGAAGGGGAGGAGCGUCAGUAGCGCCAGAAAAAGAAGAAGAGCUGCAGAAAAAGAAGUCCUUCACCCAACAGCCUUUUACACACUGACGUGAACAUCAUGACAUUUUUUCACACACACAUGCUGAACACUGUGCAGUCAACUUUUGGAGAAACAAAACAAAUACAAAUACAAAAGGCCUUACCACUGUGAGCGGAUCCUCGCUGCAACAGUGGGAGUCCAUCUCCUAUGCACUUUCAGCCCUCAGUGGCGAGUCCUGGAGCAGCUCCAAGACGAAGAGGUCGCACGUGCCCGAGAAGAGCGUCAGGUCCCCGGGAUGACCUCGGCCGCGACGAUGCCUCGAGUGCAUAGCGCUUACACCUCUCUUAGGUACAAAACAAGUCUUGACUGUUUAAAAAACAAAACAGGACUUUUGAGCAUGAAGCAAGUAAGCAACGUGGAGACGCCAUCGACGCCCUUUACCAAAGUGAACUGUUCGUACGUGGAAAGACGAGACCGAGACUCUUUCAGCCUCAGUUUCGGGUUUAUUUUUGGGAAUUCUCUAAAUAUAUAGAUAUAGAUAUACAUGAUAUAUCUCGGAUGUGCCUGUCUGAACCUUUACUGAGUCCAUAUUGGCCCAGAGCCUGGGCUUGUGGAGUUCUCUCUCUUCGCUGGUGACACGAAAACACUGUAUGACACUCGGUCACAGAGACAUGAUUGAGAAAUGUCGACUGAUGAUUAUUAGCAUUAUUAUAUCGGCAUCAUUUUGGAUGCCGUUAAUCAUGUGUGCCACCCAUGCCGCCCUCCUUUUGUUGUUUCCUUUGCUACAAUGAACGUCUGAUUAUCUUUUUUUGGAAGAAUGUGAUCGAGAGUUUGGAGAAAGAGAGCACAUUUUUAAUUACUUUUUAGUACGUGAUUUGUGUGUAUGCUUGUGUGUCCUUUCAUUUAUCUGGUGUUGCAUUCAGGUCAGGCAUGCUGUCUCCAACGAAUGGAUUUAAAAUUUUUUAUUUUUUUAAGGUUACUCAGGAUUCUUGCAAAGUUGUAUGAUUACUUUGCAGGAAUUAAUGUCAUUAAUAUUGACUUUAACGAGGAACACCAUCCAGUACAUCUUGGCGAGUGAAGGAGUGAACGAGUCGACUGCAAAUUGAAGCAAUCGAGACCGUCGGCGGCGCGACAGGAGCUUACAGUAUGUGCUGUCUCUUGUCCAUUCAUACACAGCUUGCUGAACCUCACUGGAGAAACACUUGUAUGGCCACAUAGCGACACUAUAACGUUGUUGUUUCUUUUCAACAGUACAAUGAUCAGGUGCCUCUUCUUUUUAGCCAACAAACAUUUUUCAUCUACAGUGGUGCCUUGAGAUGCCAGUUUAAUUCGUCCCAUGACCACGCUUGUAAUUCAAAGCACUCGUAUCAUAAGUCAUCUUUGCUCACUGAAGUGAAUCGAAAUGCCAUUACAGCAAUCGCUCGUUUAUAGUUACCAGGUGAAAUCCGCGGAGUAGCGACCACAUAUUUGUUUGAGUAUUUAUACAUAUUUUGAAGCUGUAUGAACCUCCCAAGACUUUUGAAUCUUGCCCACACACCUAUUAACUUGGACCAUACUCAUAUGAACACAUUUUAUAUUCUAAAAGACCUUUUAAACUCAAACACACAGUAAUGCACAGUAGUACAGUACACUACAUUUUAUUCCUUGUAAUAUGUGUUUUCAUGUUUUGUUUUGUUUGAGGCUAGAAAUCAUUUGUUACCACAAAAGCAUUGUAGCAUACACUCAAAAUCCCACCAUAUGGUUACUUAUGCACAAUAAGUAUAAUGUAAUUGUCCUUUUGAUGUUGAGUUUGGCAGCAAACUUGAACUUGGAGUGGCAUGAACCAGCUUGAAGCUUCUUGAAAAAAUUCGACACUGUGUGCCAACAAAAACAACAAAUCAAAGAUAACAUCAUCUGAAUGACUGCUCGCAUCUCGAGAAGGUCGUAAAUGGGCUCGCUCGUAUCUCAAGGCACGACUGUGUUGUACUUUCUUUUUCUUUUUUUUCCCGAGUGGCCAGUGUGAAGAAAGGACCCAGGUGUUUUUUGUUUUGUUUGUUUUUUUGCCCCCCCCCCCCCAUCUCGUCAUUCCAUUUGAUGAAAGGGAAGCCACAAUUGUUGCCUCUUUGUCAUAAUCAUAAUCAUCUGUGCGGAGCAUGUUAAGUCCAAUGGAGUUUGUGAUAUUUAUAAAGAAGCGGGGGGGGGGGGUGCGGGGAAACAUGCUCAUUUUAAUACCACACAAGUGUUCAGCCACUGUACAAAAAGACUAUGUGCAUAAAUAUAUAUAUUUUUGAAGAAUCAACUGAAUAUAUCGGUUUUCUACACACACGCAUUUGUGAUGUGCAUUGAAAUCCUUGUCCUUGUUUUUAUCUCCUUUCUUUUCCAGGUGUGGCUACGUGGUAUGCUUAUUUUCUUUUCAAUUGGGUUCAUUCUCGUAUUCAUCAUCAUCAUCUCUCCUUCACUAGUGCCAAACUUGACCUACAUGCGGUUGGCCGCGACAUUUGCGUUCCAGUAUUGACAAAGGAGCAGCGAGAGUAGCAGACUGGACUCAGGUCAGAGCCAUAUUCCUUCUUUCCCACGGAGCCGUUCUGUACCAGAAGUCGCUAUUCUGUCUCACCGAGUUCCAAGUGUUGUCGGCUUUUAUUUCAAACCACCGUGUCCACUGAUGAUUGUGCCAUAAAAACAUCAAUGAAGUUACAUGUGUGUGGCAUCAGUAUAUGUAGCUUUUGGUCCAAUGUAACCGUUCACUCUUAACCAACACUGUGGGAGCAACUGAUUUUUGUUGUUAUUUAUAGCUGUCAUUAAAAAAAAACAACAAAAAAAACAUCCCUCUAGUGCUCACGGUUCUUGUUGAUUUUUGUGAUUGUGUGUGAGUGACAAGUUUUGGAAUUUUGUCAAAAAAAGAACAAUGAACAACCCUUUACAUUUUUGUCAAUUUUUCAUGGAGCGACACUGAAGAAAUGACACUGUGCUACAAUGUAAUGAGUGUACAGCUUGUUUAGUAGUGUAAAUGUAUUUUCCCGUCAAAAUAAAUCCACACA